GGUGAUGCCAUUCGGCCUCACCAACGCACCCGCUACCUUUCAGAGGGCGAUGAACGACAUCUUCAGGGACAUCCUGGAGCAGUACAUUCUCGUCUACCUCGACGAUAUUAUGGUCUACAGUCGUACCCUUCAGGAACAUCUCAGACACCUCCGCGAUGUCCUUGACCGCUUGCGAAGACAUGGCUUCUACGCCAAGCUGAGCAAGUGCCGCUUUGCCCAGCACAAAGUGGAUUUCUUAGGACGCUACGUGUCUGACCAGGGUCUCCACAUGGACGACGCGAAGAUCCCUGCUAUUGCAGAGUGGCCCGUCCCCACAUCCGCCAAGCAGCUUCGCAGCUUCCUAGGCCUUACCAGCUACUACAAUAAUUUCAUCCAGGGAUACGCUAGUGCACGCAAGGUCGCCGACAUCAUGUUUGACCGAGUCCUGCGUGACCACGGCUUACCUCUGAGCAUCAUAUCCGACCGUGACCCGCGCUUUACCAGCCGAUUCUGGCAACGACUCCACGAGGUGUACGAUACUCAGCUCCGCUUCUCCUCGUCUUACCAUCCCCAGACUGAUGGUCAGACUGAGAUCACGAACAAAACUCUCGGAGACAUCCUCCGAAAGAUUGUUCGUGAUGACCAGCAGUGGGAUCUCCAUUUUGCCCACACGGAGAUAGCCUACAACCACGCCGUCUCGCCAACCACGGGGAUGUCGCCUUACUAUUGCGACCUCGGCUAUCACCCUCGUGUUCCCGCAGACUUCCUUCGACCGUCACAGAUGCACCCCGACACGAGUUGUCCCGCGCUGGAUGAUUGGGUUGCACACAUGACAUCGAUCAUGAAGACCGCAUAUGAGCACAUAGCCGCUUCCCAGACUCGCAUGGCCACACGUGCGAACCGAUCGAGGAUGGAUCAYCCAUUCAAAGUCGGUGAUGAUGUGCUUAUCGACGCCCGCCACUUACAGCUUGAAGCGGACAUGCUUCGCAAGUUUCGGCGUCGCUUCUUUGGCCCAUGCCGUAUCCUCCAAGCCGUCGGUUCUGAUACGGCAUCUAGCCCGCCCGCGGGGGAGGGCGACAAGGAAAAGGACGUGGCCGAGGAAGAGGAGGCCGCGGACGUGGUGGAAGAGGACCCGGUACCCAGAGGGGGGGGGGCGAAGGUAGCUACUACGUGGGUGGAAGGGGCAAGGGUCCCUCGCAAGGUGGUCGUGGUUCGUACUCCACCUGGGGAAGAGGAAGAGGCGCAUGGUAUGUUGAAGAUUAAUGUGGAGGGAGCGAGAGAGGGAGAGAUGCGGGCUAACCCGAAGCUGCAGGACGCAAUUACGCAGGCGAGAGAUCGUGCAGAGAGGCGCUGCAGAAGGGACAGUGUGACAGCGAGGCUACUGGUAACGGUGGCCUAUCACGAGACUGAAACUUCGUCUGACACGGCGGACAGGGAACAAGCUCAUCUGGACCGGGACUCAGGUGGGGAGAGUGAAAUGAGCGAGGCAGAUCGGGAGACGGACCUCAGAGGGAAGAAGAAAGCUGAAAGUGAAGAGGAUGAUGAUGAUGAUGAUGAAGGCUAUGUAUCACCUCCGUCGACGGACGACGCAGUAGCGGUUGUCGACCUUCGCAGUUAUCUCGCGAAGAUCAACCGCGAGCACACAACGCGAUGUAUUUACCGAAUGAGCGAAGAGGAACUUCACGUGCUCUGGGCACAACUAGACGACCUCUUGGCCAAGGGCUGGAUUCGCCCUAGCUGUUCGCCAUACGGUGCUCCCGUUCUCUUCGUCCGGAAGAAGAACAAGGACCUUCGUUUGUGUAUCGACUAUCGGAAACUUAAUGUGCAAACGAUCAAGAACGUCGGCCCUCUCCCGCGGAUGGAUGAUCUCCUCGAGCGACUCGGCGGCGCCAAGAACUUCUCCAAGUUGGACCUCAAGUCAGGCUAUCACCAGGUCAAGAUCCAGCCAAGAGAUCGGUGCAAGACCGCGUUCAAGACGCUGUAUGGGCACUUUGAGUGGACCGUCAUGCCAUUCGGUCUCACCAAUGCCCCGACUGCCUUCCAAGCGGCUAUGACGACGAAAAUUCGCGACCCGCUCGACCGCACCGUACUUAUUUACCUUGAUGACAUCUUGGUUUAUAGUCGGUCGCUGGACGAGCAUCUCGAGCACCUUUGCGCCGUUUUGGAGCAGCUCCGUAUCGCCAAGUACAAGGCGAACCGCGACAAGUGCGAGUUUGCCCAGCAAGAGCUGGAGUAUUUGGGCCAUUACAUCACCGACGCUGAUGGGACAUGGCACGCAACGCCUGUUGGCUUGCUGCUGCAUGUGGACUUGAGCCUUUUGCAUGUUCGCGCGGGCUUGAGCCAGCAAUUCCCUGUACCUCCAGACGGAAGCGGGAGAGCAAGCGGCGUCGAUGUCGGCUGGUCGUGGGAGGAGAAGGUCGGCGAAGAUACGGCCUUUCCGUCCACAGUGGUGCAACUCGAAUGGAGUUACGCCGAUCGCCGGGUGCACCGAAGUGUUGUAGGCGAACUCGAUGUCAGGGAGGCGGUCAACCCAAUCUUUCUGGUCUGGACGGAUGAGCGUACGAAGCAUCAUUUGAGCGGUUUGAUGUGCCCGCUCCAUUUGCCCGUCCGUCUGUGGAUGCCGAGCCGAACUUGGUUUCAUCUUCGUGCCGGACUCCUGCAUGAGAGCAGUCCAAAAUGGCGACAUGAAGCGAGUGUCGCGGUCGCUGACUAUGUCUUUCGGUAUACCGUGGCCAAAAAUCCAACCGGUGUGCAAGAGGCGUGCCAGCUUGGGAGCCGUGGAGUAGUACUUGCAAGGGAGAAAACGCGCAUACUUACUCAAACGGUCCACAACCGUGAGGAUGCCGCCAUGCCCGAGGCGAUCACGGGGAAAUGGUCCGGUGACAUCCAUGGCAAUGGAGAGGUCGGGUUCCCGUGGGAUAGGCAUCGGGCGCAAGUCGCCGUAGGGAUUGCGAUUGCGGGGCUUGCUUCAUCGGCAAAAUUCGCAAGAGUCGCAAGACCGAGUGACAUCGGUAAUGAGGUCGGGCCAUCGGAAUCGUUGUCGAAGCCGUGCAAUAGUGCGGUUGACUCCAAAAUGGUCGGCGAGUCGCGAGUGAUGGUACUCCCCGAGAAGGCGAGUCCGAAGACGACGGUCUCGUGGGACACACAAUAAGUCCUGGCCUCUCGAGUGGAGGAGCAAGUACCCGUCGGCAAUGUGAUAGUGGCUGGCCGGUGGGUGAUCCGAAGAUAGCUGCGCAUACAACUUGGCGAAGUCCGGAUCAGACUCAUAGCCCCGGAUGAAGUGUUGCUGGAGUUCGUCGUCGAAUGCGAAGGCAUGAUGUGUCAUAGCGCAAAGAUCAGGUUUCGCGAGAGUGCAUCUGUGGCGCGAUUGGAGAGGCCGGGGAGAUGUUUCGGUGUGAAAUCAAAUUGGUCGAUGAAG